AUGCAAUUACCUCGAAGGCUUGGCCGUAUCGCCGCACUCUCCCACUUUCCGGUCAGACAGCCAGGGACGCACACCGGAAUCGGUGACCGUAAGCGUUCCAUUAUUAGACCACCGAGAAACGUAGAUGAACACCAGGCGAUAAUCAAAGAUUCGACAAUGGCAGGGCAUGCCAUAGACACUGGGCAUAGGAUAGAUUCAGAAAAUACUCGGGCCAUCUGGCAGUAUCCCAGCCCACACAUGCUUCCUUCGAGUGGCAUGGCAGCUAGGCACCGAAACGGCGUUACAACUGGACGAUUCAACUGUAAAGUCAUGUUUCACAAGGUGCAACCCAGUGUAACUCAAGAAGCACCGGAGGUUGUGUAG